AUGAAUGAGCAAGGGCUGAUUUGGAAGGUUUUGAAGGGAGGACUUAAGUCAUUUGAGCACAAUGGAGUAACCAGUGAUAAGAGUACAGGUGGAUGUUUUCCUGAGAACUGUGUUAUGAACUCUAGCAUUCAUAGUCUGUCAGUUAAAUACCUCUCAUGCCUGAGUAAUGGGAGUAGACGUUCUCUCCGUUGUUACUUUUUUGGACUAAACAAAUUACUAGAUGAACUGACCAAGGAAGACCGUCGAAAGCAUAUACCCAGGUUCCAACCAGAAAAUCUAGAGCACAACAAAACAAUAUUCAAGCGGCUGAAUAAAAUGGCAGCAAGAAAAGGAUGCACACCAUCACAGUUGGCUCUGGCAUGGGUUCAUCACCAAGGAAACGAUGUCUGUCCUAUUCCGGGAACUACCAAAAUCGAGAAUUUUAACCAGAACAUUGCCGCUCUUGCUGUUAAACUGACACAAGAAGAGAUGGCAGAGCUUGAAGCUUUUGCUUCAAUGGAUACUGUUAAGGUGACAGAUAUGCAACUGGGAUUCCUACUUAUAAGCAGUCGGACACUCCGCCAUUGUCUUCAUGGAAAGCCACUUAAGGACAUGCCUUCUGCUAUGUCUGGUUUUGCCUCUUAAGCAAGUCAUAUAGUUGUUGAGAAUUCAAGUAUUUUUCUGUCAGAUUUGGAUGGCAGUGUUAUACGGUUCACCAAUGAAAGCUUAGAAGCUCUUGUAUGCCAAUUUUUUCAUAUAUUGUAUAUGCAUAUCUAGAAAGAAGAUAUUUUGUCACCAAUGGCAUUUGAGUCCAUUGGGAUUAUGACAAUUGAUUCAUCUAAAAAAAUUUAAAAAUAUAUAUAGAAACAGAUU